AUGUCGAGUAACGCGUCUUGUGAGGAGUCGUCAGUCCGCGAAGGAGCGGGCUACGACGAAACCUUUGGCUCUGGAGAUGAGUCAAACUUCUCCCUUCCGUCAGAGAGAGGGUCGUCAGCCCAAUCUCCUGACGACGAUGAGAGUUUUGCUGAGGGAGAUGAGGAUGAGGGAAGAGGGGAUGGAAAUGGCGAGGAUGGAGUGGAUGUUGACGGGGAGGACAGUGACGGGGAUGAGAGAUCCAGUGAAGGGACCUCAGAGGGUCCCGGAGAUAAUCGUCCCUUCAUUCUUCCUGAGGAUUGGGCCGUCAACAAAUUUUCGCCUGGGAUGAGUGACAAAGUUUUUAGGGAGUUACGGGUUCGUUAUCAAAUUCCAGACCACAUUCCCCUCCGUCUCCCUACAGAGAAUGAGAGGUGUUAUUCCGGGAGGACAGCUGACGUUGGCAUGUAUGACGCCAUGUUUGCUGCCGGUCUGAGAUUACCGUUGACGACUCUACACCGUCAGCUUGCUGACUUCCUUGGAAUAUCCGUCACCCAGAUCGCCCCAAACGCCUGGAGGACUUUUAUAGGAUCUGAAAUCCUUUGGGGCAGUCUUAGCGGAGGACACCGUCAGCUCACUUUAGAAGAAUUCUUUCAUUGUUAUAGGCCUCACCACAUCGCCUCGUCUAAGGGGACGUAUCAUUUUAAUGCCAGGGAGAAAGGGCUAAGGCUAGUGUCGGAUAUGCCAGACUCAAACAGGAACUGGAAGAGUCGGUAUUUUUUUGUUGAGGGGACGGAUUGGGUUUGCCGUCAGGAGGAGUGGGCGACGAUGCCCCGUGGUUACUUUGACAAUACUUGGGCCUUCGUCAGGGAUUCAGCUUAUACCCGCCCUCACAUAACUGACGAGCAGGAGGAGUUUAUCCAACGGAUUCUGGAAAUUCCUUUGGAAGAACGUAAGUGUAGGGAUUUGAUCACCCUUGACACCCUUCACUUAUACUGUGGGGGUCCAGAUCCGUCAGCGGAAGCUCGAAAGUUGGAAGAAUUUGCACGCCGUCAAAUGGACUCUGCGAAGCAAAGGAUAAGGGCCGCCGCAGCCCGUCAGAAGGAGGAGAGAAAGAAUAAGGAGGCGGCAGGGGAGGCCUCGUCAACUCCAAAGGUCGUCGCUAAGGCGACGAAGAGGAAGCCUGACGGUGAUGACAGCCGUCCCUUAAAGAAAGCUGCCGUCACUCCAAGGGACGAACCACUGAAGGAGAAGUCCCUUCCCAAGCCUAGUCAUGGUGCGGGCAAGGGGGUGAUGACUUCUGCCGGUCCCGUCAGCGAGGGCCCCUGCCGUCUCCUGACCCACAAGGAUUAUGCCGUCGGGGAGGUUGGGUCCCUGAUUAAACCGACGGAUAUUGAACCUUGUGACCAGGUGGGGACGGAGGAACUAGGGGCGUCAGCCCUUUUUGACCUUACCAGGGCCUUGGUUCGUGUCAAGGCCCUUCAAGAUCGUUGUGUGGCGAAGGAGGGGGUCGUCACUCGAGUCCGCAGUCACAAUAAAAGCCUGAUGAACCAGCAAGCUCAGUACAAGGAUGCCGUCCGUACCCUCAACACGGAGCUGCAAGAAGUUAAGGAGAAGCUGACGGAGAGCGGUAGUCGGAGUGAUAAACUCCAGGAAGAGGUGACGGCACUGAGCGAAAAGCUGCAGACGGCGGGGGCUGACGCGAUCAGAGAUUUCAAAGCGUCGCAGGCUUUCUUUGACUCGUGUGGCGAAUAUUAUGGCACCGGGUUUGAAGACUGCCUUCAGCAAGUCGCGUCGGCCUACCCGGAGUUGGAUUUAUCCGGGAUCACCAUGGGUGAUGGAGACGACAGCCUCCGUCAGUCUACUCCGAGGCGCGACGACAGCGUGGUCCUGGCCCAGCCUGCUGCUAAUCCUGCUGCUUCUGAUUCUCCUGCUGUGAUUGUGGAUGCUGACGGCAAGAAUGCUGAUGUUCCUGCCCCUUAGCUCUUAUUUUGUAUUUUGGCUAUGUAUAAAACAGUUGUAGUUGUAAUUUUCAAACAAUCUUUAAGUGUUCUCUUUGUUUCCCUUGGGCUUUUGUUUGUGUAUAGUUGUGUUUAAUUUCCGUAACUUUUAUAUCCCUUUGUUGAUGGUGGCCUUAGACGAAAUUUUGGUAAUUAUUCUCGUCUACUUGGAUUACGUCAGCUAUUUUGCACUGUUGGAAGCCCCCGUUGGCAUGAAUGCCGUGCCUAGGCCUUAAGCUCCGUCGGCUUGAUGACCGUUGGUCUACAGCCCUUGCUACUGUUUUAAGGUCGUCAAUCUCUUAAAUCCGUCGUUUUGAUGACUCAUUAUUGUAUGUCUUGGUUUGAGGGCUAUGUCCAUACAAUGAUCGCUUCAUCUAAUGGUCGUCAGCCUUUUUAGCUUCUAGCUUCGAUGUUUUUAACAUCAUUUUAGCUCGUCAGUUUCUUAGGACUUGAUGUUUUUAACAUCCCCCCUUU